CAAGAGGAAGCAGGUCGCUCAAGCUUGUGCUAGGUGUCGACGACGUAAGAAGAGAUGUUUUCAUAAUAAUGAGGAGAAUAACAACCAUGUUGGACAUCAUGUUCCCGAUACACCCAAAUCCACACCUGAAAAUGCAGACACAAUGACAUACACUUCAACUAAUGGCCUGGGACCUCCGGAGUUCAACCCUUCUCCUGAGAGCAAUAGCUCUCAGAAUCCAGAAGGACAUGCUUCCAGAUUUAUUGGGGAUUUGAGCCCCGAAGCCAUACUCAUGGAAGCGACCAGUCUCUGUUCAACCCGCGAUGUGUCCGUGCGAGGUGGCGUUGGAAUAUGGCAAUCCCGACCACCCGAACUGGCCAAGUCGACACCGACAGCAUCAAUAACAACCGCCACAUUAACACCUGGCCCCUUCGCUCUGACAUCCCCAUCACGGCAAGCCGUCCAAGAUUUGCUCAAAGCAUACGUAUGGAGCCACUGCGUAGCCUGUUGUCCCCCACCGUCGGAUCAUGAGGUCCUUCGUCGUAUUUAUAUUGAAAAGUUGGAUCCUAUCUAUCCUAUCCUUAGCAACCAUUUGGCAACCCCGCCUCAUGAUGAGAUCGGAAGGAAAAUAUUGGAGCAAAUAGUUAGCCUUGCGGCAGCUGCUGACCCAGAAGCUACCCGUCACCUUCGCCUAGGAGUUGAUAGCCCCCUUCUUUCUCGGAAUGAGUUUUGUACGUCGCUGUCAAAUUCCAUCCAAACAAUUGUCGAUGCAGGGCUUAUUUCGGACCGCGUAUUCUUGAUUCGCGUCCUAGGCGCCUUGUCGCUGUAUAUGCAACCUAGUAGCCCUGACGAAGCUGAUAUUCCCGCGUUGCUCAAUAGCCGUGCGGUCCACCAGAUGCACACUCUCGGGCUGCAAAUGGCUUCAGAAGAUGGCCAUACAGACAGCCAAUCCAUUCGCUCCCUAUUUUGUUGCCUUUGGACACUGGACCGUAUUAAUAGCGCCUUUUACGGACGGGCCUGCUUGAUCCAUGAACGGGACGUUGGAUGGAACAUCGACGAAUGCAUUGCAGCACAAGCACCACCGUUCCGCUUGUUUCUUAUGAUUAUCGGUUUACUCGACAAGGUUAUCAAUUUAUACCGCCCGGGUAGUCGACAGGAGAAGGAAAUCAUCACGGAUCUACCGAUCUUCGAGCAGAUGAUUAUUGAUGCGGACGCAGUUCGAGUUUCGAGUUCGUGUUUAGCCUCACUCGAAAUAUUCUACCAUUCAGUGGCGAUACUCUCAAGUCAAUCGCCGUCCGAAAAUCGAUCGACAGCACUACCAGCCCCCUCGACAAAUAGCCGUCGAUCUCUAGCAGCCGAUCGGAUCACAUCUAUCGUCGGACAAGAAUUCCUUGGGCAACUUUCAUACCUCCCUAUAAUUCCGUACGGCGUAUCGUUAUCUCUCAGCGUCUCAUAUCGAAAGAUGCGUCAUAGCAACAUCCCAAUGUUUAGGAGCAGAGGCAAGCAAAGCUUCAGGGAGAAUACUUUGUUAUUAAAGUCAAUGGAUGAUACGUUCUGGACGGCAAAGGCCAUGGUAGCAAUGGCCGAGCAAGUCCUGCAGGAAAUGGACAAGGCUGUCGCGUCGAUAACACAAGAAAAUGGUCUGGGUGAUUUUUCGAAAAAGCCCGAUUCCUCAUCACAGGGAGACCAUGAAUUGAAUUCAUCAGCCGCCAAUGAUGCAAUCAUUGAUUAUAAUAAUACUGGCGGGACUGUUGACGUGUCGGCUCUUGAAGCUGUCCCGGACCUAGAUGUUUUCGGUUAUUUCGACCCAACCUUCAACCUCGGAGCCGUAGACGCUGCACUUGAAGGAAAUCUAGACUUUGGUGCUUCUUCGAAUUGGUUUGAUUGGCAACAACUAUGGGGAUAAAAUUUCCUAUACACCUAGUCAUCAAAAGCAUAUUUCGCUGUCUAUCUAACCAACUGUGUAGCAACAAUGUGAAUGCCAUCCCACGCGGCCCAUUUUAUUUAGCAGCGGCACGCGAUCGCAUUAUUGAGAAAAACGGCGGGAAAUUGAACACCGAGAGCAAGGUUAUGUUAAAUAAGCAUAUGCCAUACACGAUUCGAACCAUAAGACGCCGAUUGUGGUAGAAGCCCCUUGCUUCCAUCGCCUUACAAGGAUUUUCGCCUCACUCGAUACUCCAACGCUGAGCACCACUUAUUGCUACUACUGCUACCCACAGGGUAU